AUGGCAAUUGUCUCAAAACUCUACUUACAUACCAAGAAUAGAUACUCCCAUCAUCAUCAUCUGCUCUUCAGCAAAUACAAGAAAUUACAAAAGAUAGGUGAAGGAGCUUACGGCGUUGUCUUUAAAUGUCAUGAUGUCCAAACUGGCCGUCUGGUGGCAAUCAAGCGGUUUGCCGGCACCAAACACGACCCGGUUAUCCGAAAGAUAGCUCUCAGGGAAAUACGAAUGCUCAAGGUGAGAGAUUGCUAA